GGGGAAAGAAAGAUGCAGUUGCAGAGAAAGUCACCAGUGAGAACCCUCACAUAGUUCUUGGUACAGAGACAUGGCUCAGCGAUCAGAUAGCUUGGUUUGUGUACUUUCCAAAAAAAAUGUAUUACUUGUGGAAAAUGUACUUUGAAAAUUCAUGAGUUCGCAACUCUUUUUCCGGAAUUAACCUACAGCAAAGGAGACUACAGCAAGUUAAAACAAGACAUUCAGAAAGUGGAGUGGGAGAAAGAGAUGGAGGAUCCUGACUGCGAGGAGUCAUGGAGUUUUCUCAAAGUAUACAACCGGGCUGUAGAAGACCAUGUCCCACGGAAGAAAGCAAAGAAGAGAUUCAAGCCACCAUGGCUAUGUUCCAAAGGAGAAUCAACAACCAAGUAUCAUGCCACUUCUACACAUCAAACGCAGGAAAGGCUUCCAUCUAGGCCAACCUCAGAGUCCAUUACUGGCAUGAGUAACAGCACUUACACUUCUAACACUACACCACAGCCAACGAUCCCUGUCAUAUCCAGCACAGCAGUACCUAGUUGUUCAAGUGGGAUGAGAUGUUCUGACUUGAGUGUUGACUGCCUAGACUGUGAGCUGAAUUCCUUAUGUAUCUAUGGACAAGAGGACAAUGUGACUUGUGUUCCCAAAACAGGUGUAAAUUGUACAGGAGACAUCAUGUUUAUGAAAACGUUCGGGUGCCGGUACUGCUAUCAGUCUGAUGCCAGUGAACAUACCUGCACUCCUACUACUAACUGCAGAGUAAAUAGCAAUCCACCUGCCAUGAUUAAGGUUAACUGCUCAAUCAAUCAAGAUGUCCUUUGUUUAGGUCAGAGGAAGUUUCAUAGAAGGAAUCGUUGUAACUGGACCUCAGGGUACCGAUGGUCAACAGCUCUUACUCUCAGCAUUACAUUAGGAGGUUUUGGAGCAGACAGGUUCUACCUAGGCUACUGGCGGGAGGGCCUUGGCAAGCUCUUCAGUUUUGGUGGGCUGGGUGUCUGGACACUUGUUGAUGUUGUACUUAUAGCAGUGGGAUACAUUGGGCCAGAGGAUGGAUCCUACUUUAUAUGAGGACAGAGGGGAACAUGAGGAAGCUGCAUCUACUUUGCGGGGGGAAAAAUCACGCCACAUCAGCUGAAAAUGUCAUUGCUUAUAUUUUAACUACAUGUACAUAUGUGACUCCCCUAAUCCACCCCUAAAAAAACCAUUCCGAGACUACUGUAUAGUUUGUAGGCUUUACGUUUGUGUUAAUAUGCCAGCUAAUAUGUUCAACCUGUUUGUUAUCAAAAGAAAACAAAAGACCAGGAUAAAUCCCCGUCUCCACAAGAAUUAGUAAGGUGGGUGGAAUCAUUACCAACUGGUCCAAAGCGCCAAAUUCCGCAUGUAGACUCUAUGGGCCAUACAAAGCAUAUUUAGAAAGGGUGACACCUGAAUUUUUUUGAAAGCUACCUAAUAUAGGGCCGCCGUGCCAUAUAAGUAUACACAUACAUAGUUUGGGGUUUCAAUUGAUGUAUUCUUAAUUCAACAUUUUCUAAAGCAUAAAGGUGACUAGAUAAUUAUCAGAAGAUAUGAAAGAUCCAAAAUCUUACCCCAAAGUUGCGCACUUUUACCUUUUUAUCAAGAAGGCUUGCCAAACCUCAGCAUUGAUGAGCUUCAAAUUCACAAAGUUACAAAGGGUUGCCUUAAGUGUGGGACUUGAACAAGUUCAAAGACGUCCCUCAAAAGAAUAGAUUAUGGUUGUUUUAUGUUAAUGUCAAAUAUUUUCUUACAUGUAAAUUUGGGGAUGUCUUUGAACUUGAACUCUGGUCUAAUUUUAAGCCCAAUUUCCUAACACUUCUAUUCCCCUUCCCCUUUUUUUUCUUUUUUAAUUGGGGUAACUGUGCCAGUCUCAACUUUGUGAAUUCAAAGUUCUUCAAUACUGAGGUUUGGCAAGACCACUUGAUGAAAUAUGUGAAAAGAUAAAUGUGCCCAACUUUAGGGUAUAAUGGUAGCCCUUUUGGAUCCAUAAUAAGUCCUCAUUAUUGAGAGAGACAACUAAAGAUCAGCCAUAUCACCAAUUCAUUGAAUGGCUGCAGAAAUGGAUGGAACAAGGACAUAGAUAUGCCUGCCUGCAUCUAAAUCCAUUGUCUUACUGGAAACAAUUUCACUACAUAUAUUUCCUUGGCAUUGGAGGCAUAGAGGGUACUAUCUCUUGCCCAAGGUGACCCCUAAAACUAGUGGAGGGAAGGAAUCGUCUCAUCCUCUAUUUAAGACCGGCUCCGUGCAAGGUUCCAAGCAAAGCCAAACCACUAGCCCUACUAUGGUUGAUUGAGUAGUAGGUGUAUGGGAUUAACCAUUGAGUGAUCAUUAGGCCCUGCAUCCUGCGCAUGUGGGCAUCAACACAUGUGCCUCCACAAUGCCUUAGUGCAUUCCCAAUGAGCCAAGUGUGGAUUCACUGGAUUGGUAUAUUUAUCAGUAUGCAAAUAUUGAGUGGUCUUAAAUUGUGAAAUAGGAGGAAUAUUAUCGCAAGGUUAAAUCUGGACUUUUCCAGUUCACGAGGCAAAGCCGGGUCAACUGGAAAAGUCCAGAUUUUACUGAGCUAUGUUAGUUCCCAAAGUUAUUGGAAGUUGAAAAAACUAGGUUUUGUUAAAUUAUGGCAAAACUAGCAGCCGACAUGAGGUAUAUAUGAGGUAUAUAUAUGAGGUAUAGCAUUAUUCUAGAAUGCUGCAAUACUGCGUCAGUAUCCGAGAAUCUGCAUCAUGGUACUUGGGACAUAUGACAGAAGACUUCAGUCACCAGAAACCUGAAUUUGAGAACAUAUAUUUAUCUGUUGUGGAAAAGCCUUUAUUACAUUUGUUUUUUGGGUCAUAUUUUGUUUCUUCUGAUUUAUGUCUUCUUUGUUCUAUCCUAAAUUACAUAGCCUUUGUAAAAGAAACAUUCCGGGAGGCAUUUUCAACAUUUAGAAAACUAAUUUGUAAUCAAACUUGGCUCAAACAACACUUACAUGUUCUAAAGUGCAUGGAUA